CAUUGCAUAGCUCUCCUUUCCAAUUUCCAUCGACUGUGAACUUUCCCGACUUUCCAAUUCUCUCCGGCGAACUCAUCGGCGAUCUGCUUAUCCGGCGCAAUCAGGUAGCCAUGAAGGUUAGGGCAUCAGUGAAGAAGAUGUGUGAGUUCUGUCGCACAGUCAAGAGGCGUGGGCGGGUAUAUGUGCUAUGUACAUCUAAUCCCAAGCAUAAACAAAGACAAGGCUAUUCAACGUUUGCCUCUGAAGGCCUCAUAUCAACUGCGCCUGUGAUGACGAGGGUAAAGCAGGAUACUUCAGCUACCGAAGGUAUUCGCUCUCUCUUUCCUGGUAAGAUCGAGGCGACUGUGACACCUUGGUGGAAAAGGGGGAUAGCUUCCAUUCUAUUCAAGGAAGGACAGUAAGCAGUAGAAGUUUUUGUUGGAAAGAGUUGCACUAUUAGCACUCUUAAACAUUGAUGUUUUCUUGAACUUUGGUCAGCUUUGCUUGCUGCUGUUACUUUUCUUGCCCCUUCAUACCCUUGAACACACUGUCAUUUGUGCUAUAGUACAAUUACAAUGAGCUAUAAGUAUGUUGGUACCUU